AUGACCGACUACAGCACAAUGUUCGAAGAUACCAGAUUGACAGCUUAUCUGAUCCUACUAAAGUAUUAUGUGAUUCCUAGGACCAGACUACGAGCCCUUAUAUCGCGGAUUCUUGGGAAGCAAGAACCCACACUUCAGCAUAUGCUCGCCAAUGCCACGAUCCGAUGGUUAUCAUCUACGCUAUCGAUACACCAAUUCAGAGCUCUCAGCUCUGGCCAGUGUGAUGCAACUGCUCUGCUGCAGAACUGCCCGACUCUACUCGAGGAGAAAGCCAGGGCCGAAACGAUCAUGGGAGACGACUAUCGGGGGCAUUACCUGGUCAAAUAUCCCAAUCCGACACACAUCAUAUUCUAUGUGUACGGAGGCGGCUUUGUCAGCGGUUCGGCAGGAUCCGUGAUGCCGUAUCUGCUACAAUUGAGCAUUGAGCUUCAGGCCCGGGGCUUCAAAGCUGACAUGUUCGUUGCGGAGUACGACCUCGCCCCAGAGUAUCCCUACCCCAGUGCUCUGAGGCAAGUCGUCUCAGCAUAUAGAUACAUCGCCAGUCGGAAUUUGCCCAUCAUUCUGGCUGGUGACUCGGCUGGGGGAAAUCUCUGCUUUGGGCUACUUCGACACCUGGUCAUGCCUCACCCGAGUAUUCCACCACUCAUGCAAACUCAGGGAGAGACCGGAAGUAUCGCGGUAACUUGCCUGAACAGUCCCUGGGUCAAUUUGCGAAACAAUGGGGAAUCAUACCGGCAGAAUGCGAACCAGGAUUGUCUGGAUAAGGGCGCUCUCGACCGUUGGCGGAAAGCAUAUCUUGAUGGGAAGCCUCUGGAUGAGUAUGCAAACCCCAUAGAUUGCUUAGAUGGUUGGAAAGAGAUUCUGCCCAAGAACACGCUCUUUAUAGCCGGCGACCUGGAGCUCUUUGUCGCCGACAUACAAAAGCUGGCUCAGAACAUCCUCAAAUUAAGUCUUCCCACUAUACGCCUUUGGUGA